GGGUCGCCAUGGGGACGGGGCUGUUCCCGGCGAGGCUGUGAUGGGUUGACAGGUGCGUGACAGUGGGAGCUGCUCUCGGCACAAGCAUGUACGGCAAAGGCAAGAGUAACAGCAGCGCCGUCCCGUCCGACAGCCAGGCCCGGGAGAAGUUAGCACUGUAUGUAUAUGAAUAUCUGCUCCAUGUAGGAGCUCAGAAAUCGGCCCAAACAUUUUUAUCAGAGAUAAGAUGGGAAAAAAACAUCACAUUGGGGGAGCCACCAGGAUUCUUACAUUCUUGGUGGUGUGUAUUUUGGGAUCUCUACUGUGCAGCUCCAGAGAGACGGGAAACAUGUGAACACUCAAGCGAAGCAAAAGCCUUCCACGAUUAUAGCGCUGCAGCAGCUCCCAGUCCAGUGCUAGGAAACAUUCCCCCAGGAGAUGGCAUGCCAGUAGGUCCUGUGCCACCAGGGUUCUUUCAGCCUUUUAUGUCACCUCGGUACCCUGGAGGGCCAAGGCCCCCAUUGAGGAUACCUAAUCAGGCACUUGGAGGUGUCCCAGGAAGUCAGCCAUUACUCCCCAGUGGAAUGGACCCAACACGACAACAAGGACAUCCAAAUAUGGGCGGGCCAAUGCAGAGAAUGACCCCACCAAGAGGAAUGGUGCCCUUAGGACCGCAGUCUGACCCUUGGUUAUCAUUACAGAACUAUGGAGGUGCAAUGAGACCCCCCCUGAAUGCUUUAGGUGGCCCUGGGAUGCCGGGAAUGAACAUGGGUCCAGGUGGUGGUAGACCUUGGCCAAACCCAACAAAUGCCAAUUCAAUACCAUACUCCUCAGCCUCUCCUGGGAAUUAUGUAGGUCCUCCAGGAGGUGGAGGACCACCAGGAACACCCAUCAUGCCUAGUCCAGCAGAUUCAACCAACUCUGGUGACAACAUGUAUACUUUAAUGAAUGCAGUACCUCCUGGACCUAACAGACCUAAUUUUCCAAUGGGCCCUGGGUCCGAUGGUCCCAUGGGUGGAUUAGGAGGAAUGGAGUCACAUCACAUGAAUGGCUCUUUAGGCUCAGGAGAUAUGGACAGUAUUUCCAAGAAUUCUCCCAAUAAUAUGAGCCUGAGUAAUCAACCGGGCACUCCAAGGGAUGAUGGUGAAAUGGGGGGAAAUUUCUUAAAUCCUUUUCAGAGUGAGAGUUACUCCCCUAGCAUGACAAUGAGUGUGUGAUCCAUUUCUGAGUCUCCUCAUGAAAACCACAGUGAGUCAGCCUUCACAGAACUCCUAUGGAAGAACAUCAUUCAUCUGUGUACAGUUAAACAAAGGAAUCUCAGUCACACAAACCGACCUUGUACUUCCUGCUCUCUCCCCUAUUUUGUGAAGAAAGCGGGUCCAAACAUGAUUCAAACAACUGUACGGAGAGGCACAUUAGAACUGCCCUGAACUGAACUGCAAAUAAUUAUCUGUGUAUGUAUAUGUGUGGGAAAGAAAAUGUAUCGUGUAUGUGGUUGUUAUAUGGACAUGUACGCAUACAUGCAUUGACCCACAGGACAUUGUAAAAUAUUAUUACAUGACAUCCUAAGUAGAAAUAAGUAGGGACUUUUAUUCCAUCUUUUUUUUCACGUUUACAUUUUAAUUAUUAAAAGUUGCUCCUGUCCCCUCCUUGAACUAUUUUGUGCUGUGUAUAUCACUGCUUUAUAUAAGUUAUUUUUUAAGGUGAACUCAGAUGUUAUGGUUUUGUAAAUGUCUGCAAUCAUGGAUAGGAAUAAAAUCGCUUAUUUGAGAGCUUUCAUUAAAUUGUGUCUGAUGCAAGUUAUCCUGUGAAUCCCAAAGUGUAUGACAAAAUGGAAGAAAGUGUGUCUUCACUCUUAAUGUCAAGUCAAACAGUUUCUCAGUUACCUUCAGUGGAAAGUAUUUUUGUAUUUUUUAUUUAAGGCAAACACUUCAACAAGAGCUUAACUGAGAUGUCACACAGUAUAUUUCUGCAAUAACUGCUUUAAAUGGAGUUCUUGAUGUUUGUCUUAGAUGAUACAGAAACCAUUAAUUAACUCAAAUUACCUAGACCAUAGCAAUAAAGUGAUAAAGGUUGCCAUAUUUUAGCCAUACAAUUUCUCUUUAAUGCGAUAAAUCCUAGAAAUGAUAAUAAAACUACUUGUUUGA